AUGUCAGGUCGGACAUAUUCACUCCGGACUUUGGCAGAAGACAGGAUACUAUGCGCAAGGACUUGGUUGAAUACUUGUGAGAGCACGCACGGUAGCUACUGCCAACCACGCAAGGGAGAAUUGCCAAAACGUUUCAUCGAUACGAGACCGGAUCAGCCUUUACGCCUGGUGUUUACCACGAGUGAAGUAUUCCAGCAACUCUCCGCCGUCGUGCGAUAUGCAACAUUGAGCUAUUGCUGGGGAACAUCGACUCCAUUAAGAACUACAAAAGCUACGGAAGAAGACUUUGGUGUUUCUAUACCUGAGAACCUUCUUCCUAAAACUUUCCGACACGCUAUAAGAUUAGUCCGCUCAUUAGGCAUCAGCUAUCUUUGGAUCGACUCCUUGUGUAUAGUACAAGAUGACCAGGCAGAGUGGGAAUUGGAGGCAUCUCGCAUGGGGGAUUUCUAUGCUGGAAGCCUUAUCACUAUAGCAGCAAGCGACGCUUGGGAUAGCGAAGGAGGCUGUUUCCCAGGAGACGAUAAUAGCAUGGAAGCAGUUAUAGAUGGCAAAGACUCGAGUCCAGGAGACACUAAUGAUCCUGAGAGUGCGGCAAGAGCUAAGGCAGAUCCUACAGUCCGGAUGUUCACCUACAAGGGAGAGGACGGCUACUCCCAAACGUCUUGCACUAGAAUGAUCCGUUUUCAAUACCUUGACCUUCGCGAAAUUCCACGACAAGCACAGCUCAGCACACGAGGAUGGGCGCUUCAAGAGCGAAUCUUGUCUCCAAGGAUUCUUCACUGUCUGAAGUCGGGCGUUCACUGGCAGUGUCAAUACUUGUACGAAACUCAAGCUACUCAGACCUACCAGGUCCACCAUUUUACAGCAAGUGAUUCGACAUACCCCAUCACGCAAGUUUCCCAAUGGUGGCCUGAAUGGAUCGAAGAUUACUCCAAGCGAGACUUUACUAUCGCCUCCGACCGGCUGCAAGCUUUCGCCGGGAUUACCAAACACUACACAAACUUAACUUCAAAGAAACCGAUUCUCGGAAUUUACCCUGACAAUCUUGCUCGAGACUUGGCUUGGAUCAGAAAUGGCCAAAAGAAGGGCCCCGGUAUUCCUGGAGCACCCUCUUGGACCUGGUUUUCUUGUAACGCCCCAAUCAUGGUAGAUGAUUGGGGCUUCAAACUUCAACGCCGCUUCAAGGUCUCAAAUGGCGUGGACUUGGUCGCCUUUGGCAUCGAGUGGAAGGGAAUCCCGAUGACGUCCCAGAUUGAGUCUUGUCAUCUCAUCAUACGUGGAGUUGUCAAGAGUAUUUCAGUCCGCAUACCGCCAGAAGCCAUGCUAUACAAUCCACCGUACAUGCUGCUCAACGAUGAAGAGACCGAUUUCUCCAAAGGCCCAAUACCUUGGACCUGCUCAGGACGAUUCGACGAUCCCGGUCAUCCGGUAGAUUCCGGACUCCCAUACCCUUGCUCGCUUCUCAGGACGAGGAUGAUUGAGGAGGCCAAAGGUGGCACGAUUUUCAUGGAUACGUUUCUGAUUCUUUCUCGUGAGAAUGACCCAGCUAAAGUAAAGUCGACUUAG